AUGGGUGUCUUCGAUGAACUCAACCUUCCCGCUGGCGUCCUCUACGGCGACGACGUCCUGAAGCUUUUCCAGCACGCUCGCGCCAAUGGUUAUGCCAUUCCCGCCUGCAACGUCACUUCUUCCUCUACUGCCGUCGCUGCCCUCGAGGCUGCUCGUGACCAGAAGGCUCCCAUCAUCCUCCAGACUUCCCAGGGUGGUGCUGCCUACUUCGCCGGCAAGGGUAUCAAGGACUCUGCUGAGAAGCGUGAGGCCUCUGUUGCCGGUGCCAUCGCCGCUGCCCACUACAUUCGCUCCAUUGCCCCCAUCUACGGCGUCCCCGUCGUUCUCCACACCGAUCACUGCGCCAAGAAGCUCCUUCCUUGGCUCGACGGCAUGCUCGAUGAGGAUGAGAAGUUCUUCAAGGCCAACGGCGUUCCCCUCUUCUCUUCUCACAUGAUCGAUCUCUCUGAGGAGAGCGUCGAGGAGAACAUCGAGACCUGCGUCAGGUACCUCAAGCGCAUGGCGCCCAUGAAGCAGUGGCUCGAGAUGGAGAUCGGUAUCACCGGUGGCGAGGAGGACGGUGUUGACAACUCCGGCGUUGACAACGCUUCUCUCUACACUCAGCCCGAGGAUAUCUGGCAGAUCGAGCAGGCUUUCCGCCCCAUCUCCCCCUACUUCUCCAUUGCCGCUGGCUUCGGUAACGUCCACGGUGUCUAUGCCCCUGGCAACGUCAAGCUCCACCCCGAGCUCCUUGGCAAGCACCAGGCUUACGUUUCCGAGAAGCUUGGCGGUGAGGACAAGAAGCCCGUUUUCUUCGUCUUCCACGGCGGUUCCGGCUCCUCCAAGGAGGAGUACCGUGAGGCUAUCUCCCACGGUGUCGUCAAGGUCAACGUCGACACUGAUCUCCAGUGGGGCUACCUGACCGGUGUCCGUGACUACGUCGUCAACAACAUCGACUACCUCAAGACCCAGGUCGGCAACCCCGAGGGUGCCAACAAGCCCAACAAGAAGAAGUACGACCCCCGCGUCUGGGUUCGCGAGGGUGAGAAGACCAUGAAGGCCCGCGUUGAGGAGGCCCUCAAGGACUUCAACGCUUCCGGCUCUCUCUAA